UAAUUCUUUUUGUUAUAUAAGUUUAGCAUUUUAUAUAAAUUAUAUUAGCAGUACAAAGUACGUGAAUUACAUUUUCAUUUUCAGUAGAUCUAGCAUCGCUUUCAAUUUCAGGAGCCGUGACGAGGUACACAAGUUCUAUAUUUACAUGUAUAUAAACACCUUAAUAGGUAAAAUAUUGACCGUAGAGGAUAUUACAUAAUACUCCAGUCACACAUACGGCGCGGAUAGUAGACUAGCCACUAGACUGAUAAUAAUAUAUUUCUACAUUUUUCCUUUUUUGACGAAUUUAAUUUCAUAGAGACAAAAGCCAGUCUAUUUUAGAGAUUUUCACAGAGGAAUGAUGUUGAAACAUAGAAUAUAGACUGGCUCAGUUCACUACAUUUAAUCAUAAAAAUGUAAAAAAGAUAUAUCAUAGUCUAGGAGCUAGUUUACGCGGAUAGCUACGUCUAGCCACGGAUAGAAACGUAGAGCAACUGCAUUUGAAGUUCUCCGCGGUACGUAAUAUAGCGGAGAACAUUAUGUCUUAACACGGCGAAGCACAAAAUCAUUGAACCAUUUUGUGCACGGGAUUUUUCGCGGGUAUUUAAUAGCGAAGAAAUCAGUUCUACGCAAGUUUCUGUACUAGUUACAUCUACUUUAUUGUGCGACGUAAACAAAUUGGAUGCAGGCACGGAGCUCAUGGUGGAAAAUAAAGUGAAAGAAGUUUUAAAAAACGAACAAUGAAGUAUUGCUGAAGGAAAUCGGCGAAAUGAUGAAUAAGGUAAGUGCAACGUCUUCUUCUUCAAAUUUAAACGCGUUAGAAACGCCUAAAUUCAAGCGCAGAAGCAAAAAGAACAAUUUAAAUAUAAUUCAAAAGCAGCUGUAAAAUUAGAACAGGCCAGCGGUAGCUUAUCGUCGCAGAAAGUUGAUGAAGCGAAAGAAAAUAUUAUUGAAGCUUCAGAUAUGAUAAAGAAACGACAGAAGCUGGUACAGUUAGCUGACAGUUCUGAGCUGGGCUGGCGCGUGGUGGCGGAAUAUGAAACCAACCCGAUAGCAAGUGACAGCGAUGAUGAAAAGAAAAUGUAUAAGGCUGAGGCGAGAGCUGCGAGGAAGGUGAAUUUUGAGAAGUCCAAGAUCCGUCGUGGUCGGGCAUUUCCUUACAGACGUCAACGACAAGUUCCAGAUACUCCGUCGCCGUCUGGCGUAAUGCAGCGUAACAGACGUCCAGGUUUAUGCUUUACUUGCGGAAAGCCCGGUCACUGGAAGAUGGAAUGCAAUCAAAAUAGUAGCAACAGUAACAUUAAGUUAAGUAGAUCUAAUUCAUGUAUGUUUUGUAAAUGUAAAGAUUCAAAAUUUGAUACAAAUAUUGAAAAACUGUCUGUUGCUGGUAAGAAAACCAGUCAGAAUGAAAUGUCUGAUAUACAGCGUAGAUCUACAAACGGUACUGUAGAUGGCGUUUAUGGUUCUUUUGAUCAAAGUCUCUCAUGUGCAAAUACCAGUUUUAAUGAUACAGGACAUAGCAGCACAGAUUCUUUAAAUAUUCAUGACACACACUGUGUGCAAAAUGUUCAUAAUAUAAACGUUCAAAAUUGUGAUGUAAAUGAGACACCUUUGACUGACAGUCAGAAAGUAGGUGCGAAACCAUCGCCAGUUGGUAGGUUAAAGAAGCAUGUUUCUGAGUGGAAAAACAUAUCAGAUAAUGUAUAUAUAAUAGGUAUGGUACCGGAAGGUUAUAAAUUACCAUUCAAAGAGAUACCUCCUAAAGUUAAUCUUAAAAAUAAUAGAUCAGCUCGGGAAAAUCCCGAAUUUGUUUGUGGUGAAAUAAAUUCACUUUUGCAGAAAGGCGUUAUCUCCGAGGUUAAUGAGAAAGCUUACGUAGUUAAUUGUAGCUUAUAACAAAGAGUCAAAACCCAGGCUAGUUCUGGACUGCAGACACAUCAAUCCAUAUUUGCAUAAAUUUAAGAUUAAGUUUGACGACAUAAAAGUCGCAGAGCAAUUGUUUGAUAUGUUAAGCUAUACAUUUACAUUUGAUUUUAAAAUCAGCAUACCAUCAUAUUGAUAUAUAUGCAUCCCAUGUUACCUAUUUAGGUUUCUGUUGGGUACAUGAUGGUAAAGAAAAGUACUAUGUUUUCAAUUCUUUACCGUUUGGUAUUGCCACAGCUGGCCAUAUUUUUACUAAAACCUUACGGGUGAUUACCAGAUACUGGAGAAAUUUAGGUCACAGAGUUGUAAUGUUUUUAGAUGACGAAAUUGGGGGUCAUCGUGAAUUUAUAAAAGCUCUAGAAUUAAGUCAGUUUGUGAAAGUUUUAUUGUUAAAGUUUGGGUUUAUGUUAGCGGAGGAGAAAUGCAAAUGGUUACAGGCUAUGGUUUCAUGCUGGUUAGGUCAUAUUUUAGAUUUCGAAAGAAAUAUGUUGUGUAUCUGAUGAACGCAUACAUUCAUUAGAAUAUUCAAUAGAUUCAGUGCUUUUUCAAAUUUAUAAAGACAGAUUUAGUGUAGUACUAGUCAGGGUAUUAGCAGCCAUUGUGGGUCAGAUUAUUUCAUUACAUAGUGUGUUGGGGAAAGCAGUAAGUCUCAGAACUAAAUAUUUGUACGGUUGUAUUUUAGCAAGGGCUAGCUGGAACUCACCAGUGCAAGUAACAAAACAGGCCAUUUUAGAAUUACAAUACUGGCGAAAGAAUGCCAGAAACUUGAAUUCUGCAGGCAGAUCAUUUAAGUAAGUAGAGUAUAUCGAUGCGUACUUAUUUUCAGACGCUAGUGCAUUUGCAUACGGCGGUUACAUACAGAAAUUCGAACAAAAGGUAGAUGUUAAGAAAAUGAGCGGUAGUUUAAUAAAUGGAGUGCUCCCGGAAGUGAGCAUUUGCGAUGACGUAUCAAAGAUGGGGUCAAGUCAAUAAUGCCCUCAGAUGCGAGCAGUUGUCAGUUUAUGCUCCCAGAAGUGAGCAAGUGUCCUGUUACACUCCAAGAAGUGAAUAAGAGUACUUUUACGCUCCCGGAAGAGAGCAGGUGUUCUGUUAUGCUCCCGAAAGCGGGCAAGUGUCCUGUUACGCUCCCGGAAGGGAGCAAGUGUUCUGUUAUGCACCCGGAAGUAAGCAGUUGCCCUGUUUUGCUCCCGGAAAUGAGCAAGUGUUCUGUUCCACUCCCGGAAGUGAGCAAGUGUUCUGUUAUGAUCCCUGAAAUGAUCAUGUGUCCAGUUUUGCUCCCGGAAAUGAGCAGGGUCCUGUUAUACUCCCGGAAGUGAGCAAGUGUCCCGUUAUGAUCCCGGAAGUGAACAAACAUACUGUUAAGUCUUCGGAUACCAGAAUCUUUUCUGAUAUAUUUUCAAAUGAAAUCAAGGGCAGUAAUAUACUCCCGAAAGAGAGUAUGAGUAGUGUUUUGUUCCCAAAAAUGAAAUUGGGCAAUUGGCAAUCGGACUGCUUAGAUCUUGAUGUGUCAGGAUAAUGAUGGUGCCGUGUAUGGCUCUUGGACUGACGAAGAAGCAGGCAAGAGUUCAACCAGGCGUGAGCUUGAAGCUGUCCGUAGAAUAUUGUUUAGUAAUUUAGAGUUAUUGAAAAAUUCUCAAAUCAAAAUUUUUUCAGGUAACCAGAACGUUAAAUAUAUUUUACAGGGCGGUAGCCGUGUAGAAGAGUUACAUUUUAUUUCCAUGCAUAUUAACAACGUUUAUGAUAAACACAAUAUAAGCUUCACCACUGAAUGGAUCCCUAGAUCACAAAACGAAAGUGCAGAUUAUUUGAGCAGAUGUUAUGAUGCAGAUAAUUGGUUUGUUACAAAUGAAAUGUUUAGGCAUUUAGAUAGUAAAUGGGGGCCCCAUACGGUAGACAGAUUUGCUACACAUUAUAACAACAAAUGUUUUCGUUUUAAUUCAAAGGGGUGGGUGCCCGGUACAGAGGCAGUUGAUAGUUUAAGCCAAAUAUGGCAAGGUGAGAAUAACUGGGCUGUACCACCUCCGUACUUAAUCACAAAGUGUUUAAGAAAAAUCGAAAGUGAGAGGUCGAACACUACUAUUGUUAUUCCAGAGUGGUUCUCUGCUCCUUACUGUAACUGGCCGUUCAUUGUCAACCUGUACAAACAAAAUCACAAUAGUUUCAUUCAAGAUGUUUUUGCAUUACCUUGUACAGGAGCAAUAUCCGCAGGAAAAGGCAGCCGCGGAGUAUUUAAUAACGAACCAUUUUCUUUCAGAAUGCUGGCUUUGAGAUGUUCGUUCACCUAGCUGUUCAGUGUGUUUUAGUUGUAAGUUAAGUUGUUUUAACACAUACAUGACAUGUAUAAAUAUUUUGCAGGUUCUGGUUUAAGACAUACUUUAAAACGAAAGUUUGAGGAAGCUGGUGUAAAUAUUGACAAUAGUGAUUCAGUAGUGAUUCAGUAGUAGAUAGAUAUCUGCUAGAGCUGAUGGAACAGUGACGAAAUAUUCUAGUCAGAUUAAAUACUUUGAAAACUUUUGUAAAAUGAAAGGCUUCCAGUCACGCCCAGCAAAUUCUAUACAUGUGGCUAUGUACUUAUCAAGCCUAAUAGGUUUGGGAAAGUUGGACAGCGUGAUAUCUUCAGCGUUCUAUGCGAUCAAAUGGUUACAUGACAUUAACGAUUUCGAUGAUCCUACAAAGUCUUCGACAGUGACUAAAAUGCUAGAAUGCAGCAAACGUUUAAAUUCGAAUUCGUGCAGAAGAAGGAUGUCAUUAAUUCUGAACAUUUAGUGCGAUUGUGUGAUAUUUAUCCAGGCACUACAGACGUUAUAACUUUGAGAGAUUUAGCUAUGAUAUUAAUCGGUAAUUCAGGAUUUUUGAAAUAUAAUGAAAUUAGUGAACUCAAAUGCAAUGAUGUUGAGUUUAAACCCGAUUAUAUUGUAUUACACAUUAGAAAGAGCAAAACAGACAUAUAUAGGUCAGGUAGACAGGUAUUAAUAGCAAAAGGUUCUACUUCGGCUUGUCCAGUUGCCAUGUUGCAAAGAUAUAUUAAGCAUUCAGGUCUGUCUUUGGGUUCCGAUUCAUACUUAUUCAAACCAGCAUGUAGAUCAAGUUCAGAACGCUUUUUGUUAAAGUCAAACAAGAAACUUAGUUACACUCGUGCUAAGGAAUGCAUAUUGAUCAAACUUAAACUUGUCGCUCCUGAUUUGAAUUUAGGUCUUCAUUCACUUAGAGCAAGCGGUACGACCGUUGCAGCAAACUCUAAAGGUGUUUCAGAUCGCUGUCUUAAGAGACACGGUCGAUGGAAAACUGAUACAGCCAAAGAUGGCCAUAUAGAAGAUUCUCUAGAUAAAAAGUUAUUCAUAACUAAACAGUUACACUUGUAAAAUUUAAGUAAUCGAGAUAUUCGAUUGUAUAAGUGUACAGAUAUUAGAAAUUUGAAUAGCAUAAAUACACCAAACAUUUGUUUCGUUCUAUAAAGUGUACAUCUUGCCAUUGCAAUAGGUGUUUGUUAUUUUGUGGGUAGUCUUGUUAAGACUUGAAGUUCUCCGCGGUACGUAGUAUAGCGGAGAACAUAUAUCUUAACACGGCGAAGCACAAAAUCAUUGAACCAUUUUGUGCACGGGAUUUUUCGCGGGUAUUUGGUAGCGAAGAAAUCAGUUCUACGCAAGUUUCUGUACUAGUUACAUCUACUUUAUGCUAUUCAAAUUCACACAUUGUUGUACUUGCGUAUAAAUAAGGCCGAAAAAGAUGUAAAUACGCUCAUUAUAUCAAGUAAAAAUGAAACAAUAAUCUUUUAAAAGAUAUGAACAUGCUUCUGAACAGAUUCCGUAGUUUCAGUAUUCUGAGAAAUAAUCUGAGGAGUUGAAAAACUCCGUGCAUGUUACGGAUCCACGUUUCCUCCACAGGGGGUUUUUCGUGUACGGCCAGUAUUUCUUUGACGAAUGUAGCUUUAACUCUGCUAAAGCAUGUUGUGAUGGGAGACUGAUAUUGUAGAGCUUUAACAAACAUGUACUACGGUUAGUUUCCGAUAUAUACAUGUACCUUAUGUCCUCCGUGUAUUAUACACUUUAAGCUGUUUGUAAGGAGGUGAUACAUGAAAUUAUAAAUAACUUAUUUAUUCAACCAUUAUGCAUCAAAUACAAUUGCAUUUGUUUAUAUUGUGAGAUCAAUAUACAUGUUUGUUCAAAUAUACAUGUUGGAAAUUGUUAUGGGUUGUCUCCCCUCUCACUUGUCGCACAAUAAAGUGUAUAUCUUGCCAUUGCAAUAGGUGUUUGUUAUUUUGUGGGUAGUCUUGUUAAGACCUAAUGUCGACCCCCUUCUUAUAUCGACCCCUCUCGAGUUCUCUUUCAUAUUUGCAUAUUUUGUCACAUGUAGUAAAAUAGAUUGUGAGGCAGUUUAUGACGUCACCAUACCUCUUCGCGGAAUUUGUUUAUUGGCCAAGUUUUGCUGCCAGGAGAAAUCUGAAAAAAAAAUGGUCGAAAAUUAUUGUCGCAAAUACGGAGGGUGUGAAAUUUUUGACAAUCUCAUGUAUCAUUAUUAUCUGUUUCUGAAGUUAUUUUAUGAAAAGUUAUUCCAAAAAAAAGAAAGUAGAUUUAAUUAACAGUAACAGCAGGAUCGAUAAUACGUUACGCUCUUUAUACAUUGUAUCAUUUAUCGACCCCCAACUGUAUUUCAAGUUUCAUAACAUGUUUGAUUACAUUUACAUGCUGAUAACGCAUUAUAAGCUAUGACAAUGUACAUACAAAUAUAUAGAUAUACAGUAAAUGUCAGUCUGUGAACCUUGCAGUCGAAAAAAUCUGUAUGAUGACACAGGCCAAACUGAAGGCCCGAGGGAUUCUGCAGAUGAUGUAAAUUCGGUCCCUUGCACUUUUUAAAUGUUAACAUGAUUGUAU